ACUUCAAAAAUUAACAACUUUCAUAUCAUCGCGAGAGAAUACAAAUUUUAAACACAUUUUAUCCAUAACCUAAAAGUAAUUUUCUCUUAAAUUUACCCGGAAUUUACAAUUAGAUCCGAUACAAAUCGCAGCUAAAGUGUAACAUGUAAAAUGAGAAGGCUCUGAAGUAAAAUGAGAAGGCUCUCAGUAAAUGGCAAAAACUGCAAUUUGUUCAAAAGUUUAAUCAAUAAGGAACUAAUUUAAUGUUGUGUUUUUGGUUUAUAAUUAUAACUUUAGUAACUGGUGUCACCUAAGUAUUGGUUUUGCAGGCUAGAUCCAGGCUUACUUCACAAUUUAUUUAAUCAAACAUCAAAAUGGGUCAACUUUUUACACAUCUCAAAAAAGAUGAAACCACUGUUUUUAGCCAAACGUUUAAAUUAAAGUUUAGUGAUAGUGUUGGAGUAGAUUGGAGAACUCUUGGGCGUUGGUUAAAUAUUGAGGAAAAUUAUUUAGACAUGAUUGAUCAAGAAAAUUUAAAAAUUAAUGCAAAAGCAUAUUCAAUGUUAACAAAAUGGUUGCAAAUGAAUGAUAAUCCAACAGUUGAUGAGUUGAAAAUAGCUUUAAAGAAAAUGAAUAGAAUGGAUCUAAUAAGAAAAGUAGAAGAAUUCACAAAUUCUUCAAAUCCACUAGAUGUUGCUAGCAGAGUUCAUGUCAAUAAAGGUAUAUCAGAGGUAUGCACAGCACUAAAAAAUUAUUAUCUGAAAUAUUAUGGCAAAAUAAAUGAACUUCAACCACUAUUAAAAGCACCUGCUAAUGUUGAUCUAAUACAAAAAUUUGUUGAUCUAUGUAUUGUUGAUGCGCAUAAUGCUCAAAUGGAUGUUGUUUGUAGCGUUGAACGAAAGAAAUUUCUUGAAAAGCAAAUGAGUUAUACACCAAUUCCAUAUAGUGAAAUAUUUAUGAACGAAAAAUCAGUAAUAUUAAUAUCUGGAAUAGCUGGUAUUGGAAAAACAUGGUUGCUCAGAAAGUGUUUGCUCGAUUGGUCCAAUAAUUUGAUUUGGAAUAAUGUUGAACUUGUUUUUUAUUUGGAAUGCAGGAGACUUAAUCAAUAUCAAAAUGUUUCGAAUAUUAAUGAAUUACUAAAUGUUUUUUACAAACAUAUUUUAAAUGAUUUUGAUAUUAGUAAGCAUACUACAUUGUUUAUAAUUGAUGGAUUAGAUGAGUUUAAAUAUUUAAAUGAAUUAUUAAAUCCAAAUUUAAGUUGUACCUUUCCGAUUGUUAAUGCUUUAGCAGAAAUUCAAAGUUAUAAACAUGUAGUUGCUGGUAGAGUUUACGCAAUUGAUAAAUAUCAAAAUAUAUAUCCAGAGCAUAUUGAUAAGUUAACCAUUCAAAUAAUGGGGUUUAACCAAGAUGGAGUUGAAAAUUAUGUAGAAAAUCAUGUUAUAGAAGAAAAAAAAAAAGCUGUUAAAGCAACUUUAAAUGAGUCUCCAAUUGCAAAAGUUAUGGCAUUUGUUCCAUUUUAUUUAUCUUCCAUGUGUAAAAUUAUUAGUGAUUCAAGCAAAAUAUAUACAACUUCUUUCUUAACGAUGACAGAAUUGUAUGCAAAUAUUUUUUUAUACUUUUUGCAAAAACACAUUAUCAAAAAUAAUGGAUUGGUUUAUGAAAUGAUGGCAAAUGAAAAUAAUAAGAAAUAUGUAUUAACCAUUUGUAGGAUAGCUUUUGAAUUGUUUAUUGAAAAUAAAUUUAUUUUUUCAAAAGAAGAAGUUUUACUAUUUAUCAAUAACUUUAAUGAAGUUGAUGAAAGUCUUUUUGGUUUUAUUGAAAGGGUUGAAACACAUCUAGGUUAUUUUUACCAAUUUGCACAUUUGACUGUAAUGGAGUUUUGUGCAUCUGUAUAUGCAUACAAUUGUUUAAGCUUUGAAGAGAUUAUGGCCAAUAAAAAGCUGAAGAGUUGUUUAUCAAUGAUUUGUGGAUUAGGCAAUAAAAACCAAAAUAUAUUAUUAAAGUUUCUUGUUAACCUGAAUCCUUCUAAAAAAUCAAAAGAGGAGUCUUCACUUUCGGUUUCUAUUUUGGAUCGUCUAUCUAAAAGUAUUAAAGGUUUUAAUAAUUACAAUUUUUUCUACGAAUGUUUUUACGAAAGUCAAUCGUCAUUCACUGAUGAAAUAAACUCAAUUGUUGAUGAACUAAAUAAACGAUGGUUUGAUGGUUGGAAGAUUUCGAUUGACGAUAGAAAAACUUCUUACGCAACUUCUUGCGAUAAUUAUUUCGUAAAUUAUUACAUAAAAUCUGGAAGAAAGUUAAAGUGGUUAUAUGUUGAUAAAAUUUUUAAAAAUAUUUUAAGUGAUGAAGAAAAAAAUCUUUUAAUUCGAUGUUCAACUAAUGUUCGCGAUGUCACCUUUGAUUGUCCAAUUUAUUUCGAAGGAUGGAAACCGAAAGAUAAGAUUAAAGAGUUGACGAUAUGCAUCUCAGAUUAUUUAAUAACAAAAAAAGAUUUUGAAGAAAACUUUCUUCCUUGGAUUAAUCUUUGUAAAGAAUUAGAUCUUUCACUUCACGACGACAUUGAUUUCAUUAAAGACAUUUGUGAAUGGAUUCGUUGUUCGAACAUCAAGAAUUUUGUGAUCAAGUACCGUGGAAAAACUUUUUGUAACCUCGAUAAAUUAACUUUAUAACGCGGAAAAAUGUUUAAUAUUUUAAAUAUAUAAAAU